AUGUCGAAUCAAUCCUCUUCAACCAUUGACCAACAGAGAUUGAAUUCGUUAUUUGAAAAGAGUAGCAGUAGUAGCAAUAGUAGUAGUAAUAACAGUAAUCAUCCCCUUACUACUAAUGAUUCCAAUAUAUCUUUGACUACUAUCAAUUCUCCAAUUCUACAAUCCAUCACCACAUUUGGCAAUCCAAAAGAUAUUUCCAUAAAUAAAACCUCUCCAUCAACGUCACCUGUGGAAGAAUUAUUUAACCAAAGUUUCCUGGGUAACUCAAUUCAAAGUAAUACAACAAACACGUCACCUGAUUUGGAUUUGGAAUUGAAUGAAUUUUCCACUGUUAUGGAUAUGAUGAAUUCUGUCAAUAAUAUGAAUGUGAACCAACAACUAACAGAAACCAACACUGCCCCAAAGGCAUCCAUUAAGACGGAUGUGAGUUCCACCGUGAAGAAUGAAAAGGGUAAAGUCAUCAAGAGAAAAUAUUCUAGAAAUGGGUGCACCGAAUGUAAAAAGAGAAGAAUGAAAUGUGAUGAAACCAAACCUAUAUGUUGGCAAUGUUCCAGAUUGAAUAGAUCAUGUAUAUAUAUUUUGAACCCUAAAAACAAGAAAAGAAAUAGUACUACGAGUCCCACACAACAACAACAGACGACAACAAAGACGAAAUCUAAAUCUAUUAGUGAGUCGAGGUCACUUAGUGAAUCGAAACUUCCCACCACCACCACUACUACUGCUGCUGUACCAGUAAUGACUGCUACAAGAGCAAGUGAUAUUUUAAACAAUAUUGAUUUGAGUCCCUUACAACAUACUACAGCAAGUGCAUCACCACCAAAACAAGUGGCCAACCCUCUUACACAUAAUUAUUUCCUAAGUAAUGAUGAUUCUCAAUCGUUAUUACAAGAUUUAAACGAUAUCAUCAAUAUGAAAUUGAAUGAUUAUAUUUCUUUGAAUAAUGGUGUGGCGAUCGAUGUGUACGAUAAUAAUAGUAUUAAUAAUAACAUGGGCAAGAUCCACACACAUAUUCCCAAUUCUAUUUGUUCUAAAGAUGUCAUUCAAUUUAAUAUCAAUCUCGAAGAAACUUUCCCCGUUGAAAAACAACAUUUAAAAUAUAUGAAAUUUUUUGUCAAUCAAGUAUUAAAUAUUAUCUCACCAUUUUUUGAAAACCAACCAAACCCAUUGAAAGAUAUUUUCCUUUCGUUUGCCAAAUACGAACCAUAUCUGAUGUCUGCAAUAUUAGCCAUUGGUGCAUCGAGUUUGUAUCGAUUGAAUGGUGAGGGGGAAGAUAACAAGAAUUAUGGUGUAUACUUGAACAAUUGUUUGAAUCUAUUGGAUAACAUUCUGGCAGAAGUAGAAGGUGCUGAGGAUAAGAUUGAAUCUAUAAUAUUGACGAUGAUGCUAUUGACGUGGGAUUGUAUACAUACAAUGGAUAAUCAAUGGAGAUUGAGAUUGAAAAACGUUGUUGGGUUAUUUAAACGAUUAAAUAAGGAGACAACCACAAAAAAUGAUUCUUCGAUACGGAAUUCCAAAGUAUUGAAUCUAUCACGAUGCUGGUUCAAAAUCAUGGAAACAUUUGCCAGCAUCAGUACGGAACUUGGAGGAUCGUUGAGUGAUUUGAAUGAUAUAGAGAUAAUUUUCGAUUCUAGUAAUGAUUACGAAUAUAUGGAAUCGUUGAAGAAUUUGAAUGUGAUUACUCAAUUGAAUGGGUUUAAUCUGUUACGUGGCCACAGAGAGGAUUUCGAUCUUGUGAUUAAAAGAGUUUUGCAAUGCUUACAUAAAUUAAGGGUGGCCAGCAAGGGCACUACGGACGACGAUAAUGGUGUAAAUUUUUUCGAAAUCUCCAAAAUCCUGGUGGAAAUCGAUAAACAAUUGGAAUAUCAAUUUAUCGAUAAGAGCGGUAUCAUCCCCUUGGAAAGUCCAUCUCAUCCAUUAAACAGUGGGAUCCAUGAUAAUGCUAUCGAUCGAUUGAACGUAGAUGACAAAGACGUCUACGUGUCGUGGUAUGACAUCACACAUCAAGUGCAAGUUCUAUCGUUCUUGCUGAUUGUACAAUUAAAGAUUAUGAAAUUGGAAAACACAAAUGCUAUGGUACAACAAGUGAUACGACGUGUUUUGAAAUAUUUUGAAAUUUUCAACUUGCAACAAGAUGAGACCAAGAUGAACACCCGUAGUUGUUAUUGCAAUUUUGCCAUAUCUUUAUGCGGCAUGAAUGUGAGUGUUGAAGAUACAACGAGUAUUGAAAUCAUCCGGAAUUACUAUAGAAUGAACCGUGAUAAAUUCAAUCGACUAAGUGAGUAUAAUUUGAGGAAAUUGGAGAAUUUGUGGGGGAUUCAAAAACAAGACAAUUCGGAUGAAACACAAUUAACAACAACAGCAACAACGGCAGCAGCAGCAGCAUCGCGAGAACAAGAACAUGAACAAAAGCAAGGCGAACAAGAUAAACGAAAUAACACCGACGAAGGGGUAAAGACCGAAGAUGUAUUAAUAUGGUAA